ACCCUUCUAAGCUAUGUUCCCGUGCAUUGGUGCUUAGGGAAGGCAUCUAAUGGCAUCUUAUGUACCGUUGACCUGUCUCGUAAGAGCUUGUCUGCUAUGAUGGGGAACCAGAACUGCCACACCGAGAUCACAUUUGAUGAUAACGUUAAGUGGCUCCUACGUUUUCGCCUCGCGGCGACUCCCUGGCAGAAAGAGAAGGCUAUACAACAGUUAGCUGAUAUAUUCGUCGAGAUUGAGAAGCUUCCCUUUAAAGUAAUAGGCUUACUUAUCUCGAGAGGUGUUAUAGAAGUCCAAGGUCUCGCAGAGCCAUUAACAUACCAGGUGGGAAAAGCUCCGCUCGGUCCAUUCUCUUCCCCACUCGAGCGCGUAUAG